AUGGUUGAAGCUAUUGAUGUAUUGAGUCUUCCGUCUGAUGUGCGUGAACGCCUUGCUCAGCUUGAUUUAGAAUUAUCAGAAGGUAAUAAAGCUACUUCAAGUCCAAGUACAAGAGCACAAAGGAAACACCAGCGGCGUCUCACACGUGAUGAAUCACGUUUUCAUUCUGAAAUACGUGCUGAAGCAGUGCAGCAAGCAUUGGCCGAAUAUUCUGAAGGGAAAAAAGAAAAGCCCAACAUUCUGCCACCCGUAAAACGGCGUGGUACUGAGACAAAACAAGAAAGGCAUAGAGCAUCUGAUAGCAGUUCCGAAGAUGAUAGCAUGUUUGAUAGUACUGAUCGCAGCAAGGGUACAUCAUCAACGUUGUCGUUAAAUGAACAGCGGAAGAAAAGUUUAACCAAUGACUCCCAAAACUCGGUUGCUUCAUCUUUUGCUCUAUCUCCUGAUAUAACAGCCGCUGUGGCAAAUGGGGUCACAAUGCAAAAGGUAUUCUGGAAUCGAAGAAAACAAAAGACAGAUGAUAAUGGCUGGAAGGAUAGGAAGGUUAUAAAGGAAAAUGAACGGAAUGCCAUGAAGAAAGUGACCGGUGCAGAGGAAGCUAUAUUGAAGACUGGUGUCAUUUACGCAAAUGAUGUUGCAGAAAGUGACAUAAAUAUAGCAAAUAUAACUAACCAAGAUUAUCAGAACGCAGUUGUACUUUCCUCAUUGUCAGCGCUGAAACCGGUCAAAGUUUCGUUGAAAAUUCAACAAUUGGUACAUUCAUUACAGGUAAGGAAUUUAACACUGAACAGAACAGCUAGUAUUACUGGGGCUGAUAGAUAUUAG